GCGGCAGUUGCGACUCGAGCGGCAAGUGGUGCGUGUGUCGUUCCGUUCCGUCCGUGAUAUUACGUGUUUUUCGCGCCACGCUCGGAGACGUGACGCGGAGUCGACUUCUUUUUUUUCGUUUUCCCUUUUUAUUUCGCGCGGCGGAUCGUCCGAUCUAAAAACACGGAAAGAAGCCGGUGGUGUUGAACGUUGAAUACAUACGGUCGACGACGCGCUCGCGGCGGCGGAGUUGUGUUUUUUUAAGUGUCAACUACACGCCACUUUGUUGUGCCAAUCGUCAGUUUUCCUCCUUCCUCUCCCUCGUCUUUUUCAUUUCUUCCCGUCGCACGAGGACCGGACGUAUUUACGGAGCAUUUACGGGAGGGGGGGAUCUCUCCUUCAUCGGCGGCGUCUCUCGUGGCGAGGAGAAGCAAGUUUCUUCUUCGGGGACUUUCGUGAAGAGCCUGUCUGCGAGACGAAGAGGAUAAACUCGGAGUAACUCUAGUGCGCUUCUGUGUGACCGGUCGACUCUUCUUCUUGGGAAUGACGAUCGGUAGCGGUGAUGAUGAGGCGUGAAAGUUACCGUUGAUUCGUCGGACGUCCUGCUUGGGCCAUUUGUUUCCAGGAUGAGUGUGUCGCUGCGGAUUUUGGCUCUGAUCAGCUUAGCCGCGCAAAAUGUGGCUUGGCCGCAGGAUCCCUUUCCGAGACUGCACAUCAAAUAUCGUGAGGUGAUUGGCCAGCGGUUCCUGGGCAAUGAAAGCCACGUGGAGCACUUCAAGCUCCUGGAACGUGCAGCGACCUCUAUUCUGAUUGGUGCCAGGAACGCCAUUUACAACAUAAGUCUGCACGAUCUAACGGAGAUCGCCGACCAGAGACUGCUAUGGUCCAGUUCUGUGGCGCAUCUUGAGCUUUGCGAAUUGAAAGGUCGCGACGAGGACCAGUGCCAGAACUACGUGCGAGUUUUCGGCAGACAGGGUCCCGACAAGUUUCUCGUUUGCGGCACAAAUGCCUACAAGCCGAUGUGCAGACAAUUCACCAUUCAGGACGGAGGAGCGUACGUGAAGCAAAGCGACAUAGAGGGUUUGGGACUGUGCCCUUACGAUCCACGACACAAUAGCACAGCAGUUUUCGCCGAGGGACAGGUGUACGCCGCGACGGUGGCUGACUUCUCCGGUGGCGAGCCACUGAUUCACAGGGCGAUGGUCCGCACCGAGCGCUCGGAUUUGAAUCAGCUGAACGGACCAAAUUUUGUCAGCUCGUUUGCGUACCAGGACUACGUGUUCUUCUUUUUCCGCGAGACCGCAGUGGAGUAUAUGAAUUGCGGAAAGGCCGUUUAUUCGCGAGUUAGCAGAGUCUGUCGGCACGACAAGGGCGGGCCGCACGCAUUUCGCGACAGAUGGACGAGUUUCCUGAAAGCGAGACUCAACUGUUCGGUGCCGGGCGAGUACCCCUUCUAUUUCAAUGAAAUACAAUCCACGAGCGACGUAACGGAAGGUCGAUACGGCGGAAAGUCCGCGCGUUUGGUUUACGGGGUGUUCACGACUCCGGUAAACUCUAUUGGGGGUUCGGCUGUCUGCGCUUUCUCCAUGGACAGCAUUCUCGAGGUCUUCCAGGGUGCUUUCAAGGAACAGGAGACUAUAAACAGCAAUUGGCUGCGCGUGCUUCCGGAGAAGGUGCCCGAACCGAGACCGGGCGCUUGCGUUAACGACUCCAGAACACUUCCGGACAUAACUGUCAACUUCGCCAAGGCUCAUCCACUGAUGGACGACGCGGUGCAAUCUUACUUUUCAUUACCUGUGAUAACUAAGACGAGUUUUAAUUACAGAUUUACCAAAGUCGCAAUAGAUCCUCAAGUAAAAGCGCUAGACGGCAAAGCUUAUGACAUUCUUUAUAUUGGAACAGAUGACGGUCGUGUUUUGAAGGCCCUCAAUACUCGCGCACCAGAAACACUUGAAAAUGUUAGUCAAGUAAUUGUUAGCGACGUGCAAGUAUUAAAAUACGGUCAAGCGGUCAAAGACCUUUUGGUGGUUCAUCUCGCCGGCGAAGCUAGCAAGCUGGUGGUAUUCGCGGAUUCCGAGAUUCGCGCGGUUCCCUUACAUCAUUGCGACUCGCCAGCUGCGGCCACCUGCAGAACUUGCGUCGCGCUACAGGAUCCUCAUUGCGCUUGGGACGCGACCGCGAAUCUCUGCGUGGCCGUGUCGACCAAACUUCACGACAGCGAUGCCGACAAGACGCUGUUCCAAGAUAUCUCGACCGGCAGACACAGAAGCUGCGGAUACGAGCAAGAAAUGACGAAACCCGUGCAACCAGCGGUGCCGCCCGAAAUUGGGCGCGACAAGCAGCCCAAUGAACGGAACAAUGAAAUCGUCAUCGAGUUGGAUGGGGAAAAUCAGUAUCGCCGUACGCAACCGAGGGCUAACGAGCCUCAAGGUGUGACUGUGACACCAGUGGUGUACUCGGCCCAGACGCUAACGGGCGCGCUGAUCGGCACCUGCUUCUGUUCUCUGGUUGCCGGUUUCGCUUUCGGUUUUUGGUUUAGUCAAAGGCUGCGCGGCUCGUCGUAUCCGGAGCCGUCCGAGCAGCGACAACAGCUCAACCGAUUAACCGAGACUUCCGAGUCGCCGGGAUUUAAUAACAAAUCCAUCAAUUUGGUGCUUAACGUGCCGCCCAAGAAUCCAAACGGCAAAAACGCAAACUCGUCCGCGGAAAACAAGCCGGUGCAGAAGGACCCGACGGGUUCUGGCGUAUCUUCCACCUCCUCUUCUUCCGACCUCGCGGAGUCGGACGAGCGCAACGACGAGGACGGGGAGAACGACGAGGAUGACGACGGGACGACGCCUACGAGCCUCACCACCGGUAUCGCCACCGAUCACACAAACAACACUCAUAGACCGGACGAGGGCGAUCGCUACGGGGAUCACUAUGACGAGGAUCACUACGAGAGCGUGAUGAACGACGAGACUUGUUCGCUCGAGUAUUUUGAUUCUUACGACGCUCAGCAGCGAUCAAUGACCGUGGAUCCGAGAUAUGCGACGCGCUAUCAUCAAUCAGAUUGCGUCGAGACCGCGAUGAUGAACGCGCCCUGCGAAAUCGAGGAUUCCGGCGGUAGCGAUAGCGCCAACAGCCUCGACGAUCUCUGCGGUCGUAACAUUGCCAUUGACGACGUCGGCGAUCGAUUCAAUCAAUACGCCGCGAUCAACAACAAUCUGCGCGAUCAGUACAUGGUGCCGACCCGGAGUCCGCGCGAGCUCAACGCGAGGAUUCUGUCGCUUUUCAAUCCGCAGUUCUUGCCCAACUUCAACAACAUGAUCACGUACAUGGCCGGUAGUCCGCCCCCCCGGUCCCAGUCCGUGGUCCAGUACAGCAGCGAGGACGACAACUUCCAGCGCGGAAGCAGUACGAAUUAUCGCAAACGCGACGGCACGAACUCGAUGUGUUUCCGACGCGGUUUGACUUACGACACGCCACGAAAGUGACAGUACUUUCCGAGCGAUUCGCUUUAUUUCGCCGUUUCUGAUUAAUCGGAAUUUAUACGCGUUCGCAAUAAUUCCGAUGCUCUCGUUAGAAAAGUAGAAGAAGAAGUGCUUGGAGAGUGCGCGCGAGAGAUCCAUAUUUGGUAUUUCUCAACCUCCCGCGUAGGAAAACCGGGAACCGGGAACUGUCUAUGGGAUGAGGUACUACGCGCGCAAGCGAAAAACCCCCUUUUUCUUUCUUUUUCCCGUAGUUUCGCGACGAUAAACGCACGGCUGAAAGUUUGUGGUUUCGAGAGAGAUGCGUUCAUGAUCACACAUCGACACGCAAACCUCGCACGUUGUGUCAUAAAAAAAAAAUGGAAUGGCGAGUCACGUUAAAUAAGCACAGAGGUUAUUACUUUUUUUUAUGAUAUAGUUUCUCAAAGCUUUUCUCUCUGUGAAUACGAAUCGCGCGUCGUGCGCGAUCACGGAAGAAUCGUAUUCGAUCGUUUUUUUUUAUUUCCUUCGUUCGUUUUUUCGAUCGCGAUGUUAGCCGAUCAGAAGGGAGAGCAUCGAGUGUGAGGAGAGGGAGGAAGCAGUGUGUACGCCAACAACGACGACGAGGCUGAAGAAUCGACAACCGUAGUAAUGUAAUGUGAUAACUAAAUAUGAGGACUGUGUUCGUAGCAGUGGCCUGUUAGAUGCUUAGACUGAUGCAAGAUAAACACAAAACAAAAAAAAAAUAAAAAAAAAUAAAAGAAACGAAAACACACACUUGUGUAGAGACAUUUUAAGCAUUCGCGCGAGAGAUAAGAGAGAGAGAGAGAGAGAGGCGUGCCUUCCGUGUAUUAAUUGUUGGCAAAUCUUGAUCUAUAAACAAGGAACGGAGUGUUAUUAAGGCCGGUAAUAGAUUCGGGCAAGUGCCUCAUUUAUGCGUUUUGUUUUAAGAUUAUAGAAAGAAGCGAAGCAGAAAGAGAGAGAGAGAGAGAGAGAGAAAUCUAAGUAAGACUAAUUUGAGUGUCGUUGUGCGCUUAUUAUCGUGCUGUGAGUAGGUAAUGGCGAGGAUUGUAGGCGUGAGCACGAUUGUACGUUUACGUUCCGGUGGAGAUCCGGUAGUGAACGUAGUUUCUUCGAGGAACGGAUAUACAUAUAGAAAAAAAAUUAAGAAAUAAUUAUAAAAAAAAAAUUACACUAGAUCUAAAGAGAUUAAAAAACUCUAGGAUUAAAAUUUAUGAUUUUGUUUUAAAAUUACGACGAACACAAGGACUGAUUUAAAGGUAAUAUAGUGAAGUAGUUUUUUUAAAGUUUUUCUUAACUUUUUAUAUAUAGUAUAACGUAUGUACUAUGUUGUAUGCAAAUUGUGGUUUUAUAAGUUGCGAGAAAGUCGCUGAAUUUGAACGUUCGCGAAACAUUUAGAUAUAAAAAUAAUGCGGCUUCCUUGAAAGGCAAUGCGAGAGAAAACGUUUUUUAUAUAAUCCAGUCUCGAAUUUUGAUUCCAAUUCAACAUGUAACCAGAUAUAUAUAUAUA